CGGCGCUGUAACCCAUUCAUGGUGCCGGGCGCGGAGCGGCGGCUCUUCCCGGCGCGGUGUCAUCAGCCGCCGCAGCUCCGCUCUUCUUUUCCUCCCCCAAAUCAUCCCGAUACUUUUUUUUUCUUUUUUUUUCUUUUUCCUUCUGGAUCAGGCAGCCAUCAGCCCCUUCUCUCAGUGUGUUUCUCGAAACAGGUUGAUCCUUGUUAACGGCCGUCGGUUUCUGGAUGCGAUUCCCUGCGUUUGGAAGAUGACGAUGCCAGGAGAGACCGAAUCGGCGUGACUCACUUUGCGAGAGGAGAAACUUUUUCCCCCAUUUGAAGGCACUCAAACACACGCAGCACUUAAAGCUGAAGUUGGUUUCAAAGCUGAAGUCCUCUGCUUUCCCGGGAUUUGUCUGUGUCAAUUUUCAGAAGCUGCUUAUUUUUUCUUUUCCUCCUCCCCGAUCCCCCCCCGAAGGAAACUGUUGCUCUUUGGAAUAGACUUCUUAAAUGUUUGGGAUCCAAGAUACUUUGGGAAGAGGACCGAUUCUGAAAGACAAAUCUCUGGGUUCUGAGAUGGAUUCCGUCAGGUCCUGGGUCAGAAACGUUGGGGUUGUGGAUGCAAAUGUAGCAGCACAAAGCGGCGUAGCUCUGUCCAGAGCCCACUUUGAGAAGCAGCCGCCCUCCAACUUGAGGAAAUCCAAUUUCUUUCACUUCGUUCUGGCGCUCUACGACAGACAAGGGCAGCCCGUGGAAAUAGAGAGGACGGCUUUUGUGGACUUUGUAGAAAACGAUAAAGAGCAAGGCAACGAAAAGACCAACAACGGCACGCAUUACAAACUGCAGCUCCUGUACAGCAACGGUGUCAGGACUGAACAGGAUCUGUAUGUCAGACUCAUUGAUUCCGUCACCAAGCAGCCCAUAACUUACGAAGGACAGAACAAGAACCCUGAGAUGUGCAGAGUGCUGCUCACCCAUGAAGUCAUGUGCAGUCGGUGCUGCGAGAAGAAGAGUUGUGGCAACAGAAACGAGACUCCAUCGGACCCCGUGAUCAUCGACAGAUUCUUCUUAAAAUUUUUUCUCAAGUGCAAUCAGAAUUGUUUGAAAACAGCAGGAAACCCCCGAGAUAUGAGGCGGUUCCAGGUUGUGCUAUCCACAACAGUGAAUGUUGAUGGGCACGUGCUGGCAGUGUCUGACAACAUGUUUGUUCACAACAACUCCAAGCAUGGACGGAGAGCAAGGAGACUCGACCCCUCUGAAGCCACACCUUGCAUCAAAGCAAUCAGCCCAAGCGAAGGGUGGACAACAGGAGGAGCAAUGGUGAUCAUUAUUGGAGACAACUUCUUUGAUGGGCUUCAAGUAGUGUUUGGAACCAUGCUUGUGUGGAGUGAGCUUAUCACACCUCAUGCCAUUCGAGUUCAGACGCCUCCACGUCACAUUCCCGGAGUGGUUGAAGUGACAUUAUCAUACAAAUCCAAACAGUUUUGCAAAGGCGCCCCAGGCAGGUUUAUUUACACAGCUUUAAAUGAACCUACUAUAGAUUACGGUUUCCAAAGACUGCAAAAAGUCAUCCCAAGACAUCCUGGGGACCCUGAAAGAUUAGCUAAGGAAAUGCUGUUGAAACGAGCUGCUGACCUAGUUGAAGCACUGUACGGAACGCCGCAUAACAACCAGGACAUCAUUCUGAAACGAGCAGCAGACAUCGCAGAAGCUCUCUACAGCGUACCGCGGAAUCCCGCGCAGAUCCCUGCGCUGUCCAGCUCCCCGGCGCACAGCAGCAUGAUGGGCAUUAACUCCUAUGGCAGCCAGCUGGGGGUCAGCAUCUCAGAGUCAACACAGGGAAACAACCAAGGUUACAUUCGUAACACAAGCAGCAUCUCACCCCGCGGUUACUCAUCCAGUUCCACACCUCAACAGUCCAAUUACAGCACUUCCAGCAACAGCAUGAACGGCUACAGCAACGUCCCCAUGUCAAACCUGGGUGUUCCAGGCUCCCCCGGUUUCAUUAACGGCUCUCCAACAGGAUCCCCUUAUGGAAUAAUGUCUUCAAGUCCAACAGUUGGCUCCUCCAGCACUUCUUCCAUCCUUCCGUUCUCCUCUUCCGUCUUUCCUGCUGUCAAACAGAAGAGUGCCUUUGCUCCCGUCAUCAGACCCCAAGGGUCUCCUUCUCCUGCCUGCUCCAGUGGCAAUGGAAAUGGGUUUAGAGCCAUGACUGGUCUUGUCGUUCCCCCGAUGUAAGGAAGAGGCAGCUUUGCUCCUCUCCCUCUUCCCUUUUUUCCUCUUUUUUUUUCAUUUUUCUUUUACAGCACAAAACUACUUAUUGUGAUGGACCACUAAAAAGGAAAAAAAAAAAAAAUAAAUAGCACUACAAGCUCUUUUUGGGGGGAAAGCCAGGCCCAGGAAAUAAAACGAACAUUUUUUAUGGAUUGGACGAGACAGAAGGCUGCAUCUUUUACCUGUUUGAUAUUUCUGACACAACCACAUCAACUCCUAGAACACUGCGAACGAAGAAUCAGCCAAGAGCCAGAGGACAAACAACAGUUGGCAGAAUGGGAUCAGAAAUGCAAAGUCUUGAAAGACACGAAACCUUCCUAAGAUUUGUAAAAUAUUAAAAGGAAAAAGAAAUUGGCAAAAAUGAUUCAAGCUUGAUAUUUUGGAUACAAUUUGUUUUACUUUGUAGGGGAAAAAAGUUGAAGUUUCUAUUUUAUAUGGAGCCUUUCAGAUAUCAAUUUAGUUUAUGCAGGGAAAAAAUAAAAAAAAAUAAUAAAAAAAAAAA